CGGAAGGCUCUCGGCCGCCGUUACGUCGCGUCUCCACGUGCCUAAUACGGUUGCUGGGAUUGGCUGAUCCGCGACCGGGGCCGAUUGACGACCUGAUCGGAUUGGAGAAAUCCGACGUAGCAACGGCGCCAUUUUGCCUGAGGGAGGCGACGAACUGGAAUUGAUAAAAUCGCCAGGUUCGUCCCGCAUAAGGAAUGGACGCCCCAUAUGAUGGAGCAGAGAUAACAUUGGUAACUGAAGAAAUUGAAGGCUGUUACAGCUGCUCAAAAAAUUUUCCACCUAAAAAGAAAAAGAAAUGGAAAGAUCAAAGUGAGGAUGGAGGUAAAAAAAGCAAGAAGCCCAGGCCAGCAUAUUUAUUGUACUAUUAUGACACUCAUUUAAAAGUGCAGCAAGACUUUCCAAAUUUGCCUCGGUCCGAGAUAAACAAGAAAAUCAGCGAAAGCUGGAGGCGACUCAGUGUUGCUGAAAAGGGUAUUUACCUUGAAAAGGCAAAGCUGGAAAAAGAAGGAAUAGAUCCGAGCGAUAAGCUAAUCAAUGCAUCAGCUGGUGCCCCUCCAACCGAUAUUCCAGGAUUUCGUAAAAUUCUUCCUCGUUCCAGUUAUAUUAUAAUUCCCACUUCUAAUCUACCUGGUGAUGGAAAUGGUCAGCAGUUGGCUCAAUCUCCUACACAGAGGGAAGGUGAAGGCAAUCCAACAUGGCAGACUCUUACCCACGACACUAUACAGAGUCUCUUUACAGGCCCUAUUGACAGUACUGAGGAGAGCAUUGCUAUUGAUGGAAUUACCGAUGAAGCUUUCAUUCACACUGAAACAAUGCAGGAGAUUGUUACGUCGGAGAUGCUUUCUCAAUUUUCUAAUUCUGAAGAUGAUAAAGUGGCAGGAGAACUAACCACCAAUGAGACUUCUUUAGAGUUGACACAUCCUUAUGAUUCUCCUUGUGUUGUUAUUGAAGGAACAUUGAUAGGUGCCGGAAGUGAUGCUUCAGAAAGUGUUGCUAGCUGCACAAACCAGCAAACUGUGGAAGUUAAUCCUGUGAUGGCAGUAUUAUCGGAUCAGAGCAAACCAAGUGGGAAUCUCAUUUCUCAUAAAGCUCUCGGACAGGCUGUUUGUAUUAAUAACAAACAGGAUUCAGGGGAAAAUGUUCCAGCAUCGACUACCCAGUUCUUAAUGUUACCGUUGACAAGCAAACAAUCAUCAACAGCUCCAACAAAAAAGCCCAUCUUUGCCCAGAAGACAACCUAUACACGAAGAGGUCGUGGCAGUUGUCCAAAUCCAAACUGUUUGUUUACAUAUGUCACAAGACACAAACCUCCACAAUGUCCAAAUUGUGGCAAGUGGCUGGGGGGGAAAUGGAUUCCAAAGGGUAAAGAGUUGCAAGUAUUAAAUGUACAUGUGGAAUGUAAUCAAGAGAAGCAAAACAAGGAAACAACAGAUGUGUCUAUCGGCACAAAGGAUGCAGCUCAAUCCAGUUUGGAAAGUUCACAGGCAGUGACCCAGCUUCUCAGUGUAGCUUCGGAAGAUCAAGGGGAGGAGGACCAGCAACAAAUGCAAACUAAUUGGCAACAAACUAUACACAUUGAACCCACUGAAUCAACUACAGCAGUGUCCACUGUACAGACAGAGGAACAGGGUCUUCCAGUACAGCUCUGCAGUGCACUGUCGGCUGAUGAGCAUACAGUGGAAGCACGGUCUGAAGUUGUCGUGAAGGAGCUGGAGGUUCUAACAGACCAAACUUCAGAUGUCAGCAACACUGCAAUCAGUGGCUCCCAUGGAGUUAAUAAUAUGAGACCUGGAUCGAGUGUUAGUAGACAAUGUUUACAAAUACGACGAAGAAACAAAACCAAAGGACGAGCAAAAUGCAGCUUAAUGACUGGUGCUGCCCGGUCACGUCCACGUGUUAUCCUGCCAGCAACCCCAUCUAAUGCAGCUUCACAGUCUGGGGUCACCUAUAUUCGAGUGGUUACAAUGCCUGUCAAUCAAGCUGAUCCAGCAGAAUGUAAUGUGCCUUCAGCAAGCCAGAAAGCUACAGCAAGGGGCUCCUCGGCAAAGAGCUUAUUGAGUUCUCCUCCUCCAUCAGGUCUAAAACCCAGCACCUUAAAGCAACUGGGGCAUUCUGUUUUGCAUCCAAAUUAUGAAGAGACAGAAGAGCAGACAGGAUUAAAAGUUGCCACAGAGAAUGGGUCACCUCAAACUAGUGCAGUUUCAGUCAAAACUGUGUGUCUGACUCUUCCAAAAACAAACAAAGCCAGUGCUUUUGACCUUGGUUUGGCAACUUGCAGAGGUAAAGGUCGUUGCAAGAAUCCCAAAUGUACAUAUGUCUACAUGAACCGGUACAAACCAGGAGUCUGUCCAAAGUGUGGUUAUGACUUCACAAGGGAUAAACAGGAUGUAAAGCCAUCAAAACCUGUUAUAAACAACGCACUUUCUUUGGGUCUGUUGAAUCCGGAGGAGGGGCUAACCCAGGCCUCAAAGGAUUUACAACGCCAGACUACAUUACUGCUGCUCAGGAGAACAGUUCAGAUCCCUGAGAAUGAGGCUGAACUUCAUGAAGUUUUUAGUCUAAUUCAGGAAAUGAACAGCUCAAGGUUGAUCUUGUCAACAGUAAAUGAGACCAUAACACUUGAACAAAAUUCGUGGCCGAAUUACUUUGAAUCUUCAGCCACAAUCUGUGGCUUAUGUGACAGCCAGUUAUUCAAGGGUGGACAGAAUUCAGUAGCUGGUCCUGAGGAAUGCUGGCUGUUGACAGAAAGCCAGUUCCAAGUGGUCAUAGUUCAGGCCAAAAUCUGCUUGAACCCCCACUGUCUUGCACUUCAUAACUUCACAGACAUCAGCUCAGGUUUAUUUAAUAUUGGAAACAAGCUUUUGGUCAGUUUGGAUUUACUGUUCAAAAUAAGAAACCAUAUCAAGCUUGGAGAAGAUCCAAGGGAUGUGACCACUCCCAUUUUGAACUCCGUGCAAAAAUUCACAGAGAAAAUCUUGUCUGAUGAGCAGCUGAAUCAGCUUCAAGAGCUUCUAUGGAAUGGUUAUUGGGCAUUCGAAUCCCUCACCAUUCGUGACUAUAAUGACAUGAUUUGUGGGAUCUGUGGAGUAGCACCCAAGUUCGAGGUAGCACAGAGAAGCCCUGAGAAUAUUCUUGCACUGAAAAAUGUGGAGUUUACAUGGCCUGACUUUCCUACCCCAGAUGAAGUAAACGUAGAGGAUUUUUGGUCCACAAUGGAGAAUGAAGCCAUAGAGCAAGCAGUAUUUCCAUCCAGUAUCCCUAUCACAAAAUUUGAUGCAUCCAUAAUUGCUCCAUUUAUACCACCACUUCUGAGGGCACCUGUUGUAGUUAAUAGUGAGAAGGAUAAAAACCCUCAACCACAGCCAGUUGCUGGAAAUCCAAGAAUGCUGGUAAGAUUGUUGCACGAUGGAGUUUUCAAACCAGAGGAGCUCAACUCCUACAGUGAAGAUGAAAUAAAAAACUUGCUAGUGUCAUGUGAUCUCCCAUUUCACCCCAAUGACUCCAAGGAACAUCUGUGUUCUUCAUUAUUCGCUUUAUAUUCCUAUGUGCUAGAUGGAUCAACUGCACAGGUCCAGCCUCCAUGUGAUGUGACAGGAGGAAAGGUUUAUAAGUUGUGUCUGCAUCAGGUUGUUUGUGGAUCCAAGUAUCUUGUGAGAAGAGAAUCUGCACGUGACCAUGUUGACCUGCUGGUAUCUUCGCGCUAUUGGCCUCCAGUGUAUGUGGUUGAUAUGGCUCCAUAUGUUGCAUUAAAUGCAGAAGUGCGGUAUCCUGAAAUUGCUGGACAAAUAUGGGGACAUAAACAAGGCUGUUUUUCAGAUCCACUGGAACCCCCAAAGCAUGUGUCCUGUCCGGAGCUACUUGAUCAACACUAUGCUAUGGAUGUAUCGCUAACAGAGAAUAACAUUCAACAUCCCAUCACCAAGUCCAGUGCUCGCAGAAUUGUAUGCCAUGAUACAGACCAGACAACGGGCAAGAACACAACAGCCAGACACCAUUCUAUCAGUCUUUGCAGUGAACUAGAACCAUACAGUGAUGUACUUGAAUCUAUUCCAGACAGCAAGGUGCAAAAUGUGCGGCAAAAGUCCAUCACUUUUGAAAAUGCCACUUACUAUUUUCUAUAUAAUCGUUUGGUUGACUUCCUCACGAGCAGAGACAUUGUAAACCAGCAGAUCAAUGAAGUGUUGCAGAGCUGUCAACCUGGAGAGGUGGUGAUACGGGAUAGCUUGUACAGACUGGGAAUAGCACACCUUAACACAGAGAGUGAAACUGAGGAGCUUGCAUAACAACUGAUCCUUAAGAGUUAUGGGAAAUAAUUUGCCGAGUAAUGUAUUUAUUCAGUGCUUCUAUUUAAUUAAAAAUAUUGUGUUUGUGAUUUCUUAAACCAUUUUGUUUCAAAUCCUGUCUGUGAUCAUGGGUUGGGGAGGGAUGGCUAGCUUUGAUUUGGGCUCUGCCUGAGGCUCAGAACAUUUGCUAUCGGUAAAAAGAAGCGUGCUGCAGAAUUUUUUUUUAUUAAUGUUUUCAUAUGUUUCUGCAUGAAACGUGUUUGUGAUGGAGUGAACCCUAACCACCUAUCACAGGCAUAUUUUGAAAUGUAAAUGAAACAUUUACAAUAAACUGCAACUCAGAAUUUCCUUUCAUAUUUUAAUGCAGUCAUCCCCUGCUCCAAUUCAGUCUUGCAAUGGAACAUAAACCCUACUUACAUGGGCCAUCAUAUGGAUUGGGAUUUGCAUGAUUUUAUAUGGUACAAAAUUACCCUUAUCAGCCAUCCUGUAAACAUGGCUGUGUAGUCAUUUACUCACCUUUUAAAUGUUUGAUGCAGAAAUAGAGCUCAUGAAAGUUAAUCUAGAAUGUAAUGAUGAACAUUGGGAUCAAAUCUGUUUCUGUUGUUUAUCGCACAAACUUGCAAGUGAGCCAAAGACUAAUGGCUUCAGAACUGGGGGAGAAAAAAAAUCCAGUCUACCUUCAUUUACCAUGGAAAGGCAAUGUAUAUAACUUUUCACAUCCUUGCUAUGCAGUGACAAUCUGAGUGGUAUUUUUAACCCUGAAAUCGCGAGAGUCCAAAUAGAAUUCUGUAUUUACACAAUUGAGCAGUGUGAACUUGUACCUAUGAAAUACUAGGUAUGUAGGUCCUGUGUCCCAAUGACUGGAUGAUUGAAUCAAACAUAUUCCUGUAGACUGUACUGAGCCAUACCAGACUUGCAAAGCCCAAAACAAAGUGUCUGCUUUUAGAUAUAACUCUACAAUUAUGUCACCCUCACUAAGUAAACCUGAAUGCACUAACAGCUACAGUAACAAUCAACUUAAGAUAAUCCGUUGAACUCAUAAUAUAGUUCAUUUAUGUUUACUAGAAGCAAAAUACAUUUGUACUCAGGUACCUGUUCUCUGCAAACAAAAGGGAUGUGUUCAAGCUUUGCACCUUUUUUGAUUUAUCUCCAGAACGGAGAACCUAUCGUUCCAGUUCAUUUCUCCUCGGCAACACCUGAGAGUUGAAUUUUGUAUUGAUCUUGAAUGCAAGACAAAAGGUUUCAUGGUGUCUCCUGCAGCAAUAGUCAACAUCUGUACUAUCGGGUGUUUUUUUUAAUUUGUUAUUGCUUGUGUACUCAUUCAUUUGAGCAGCGAUGAUUCUAGUAAAUAGAAGUGUUUCCCUUUUGGAGUAUUUAGAGUAAACAUCAAGAAUGAGAGCUCCACAGGGAUGCUGCCCUGUGUCUUGACGACUGUGCCCAAGUGUUUAAAUGAUUGUGCCCUUGUUAAUUAUCCAUAUGAGUACAAUCGGCUUACUUCUGUGAUUUACGAAGGAUGAUUUAUUCGUCGAGAUAUACUUUAUGAGGGAUUUCUAUCAGUUUUCAACAUAUUGGUAGUUUUCCUUAUUAAGGAUUACUGACGGGUUGGAUUGCAGAAAGUAUUGUUAAGAUGUUACGUGCUUUCUUUCAAUAAAUGUAAAACCAAACCUGUAAAUUAAUGCACACACCAGUUAGAUAAUUUAUCCUGCAUUAGGUAUCCUCAGUGUCUAGGAUUCUGGGGUCAUCUGAAAAAUGUUUUAAAAGCACUUUCCCUUCCCAGCUAUCCUUGAGCUGUUUGAUUGCGAUGUGAGAUUAUAUGGCAUUAUCUUUACGUUGUAAAUUAAAAAUC